UGGACGUGUACCGCAGCUUUCUCAGAAAGAAUAAAAUAAAAACACUACACAAAUUUAUUUAUUAUUCAUACUCACUCGCAUUCUAUCAAUUUUUGGGAGAGCGAGAAGCAGUUUGGAAUUAAUUAUUGAAAAUCUGUGUGUUUUUGGUGCAGCUAAUUAAAAGUGUUUUGUGAAUCAUCGCGAAAAAUCAAUGUAAAAAAAUCGAAAUUCGUGUAUCAUCAUAGAAUAAUUUUUAUAUAAAUACCAAAAAGUUACAACACAUCGACAACAACAACAACAACAACAUGAGCAGCGUACGGAGUGUUUUGUGUGGCAGAACACUUUUGCGUUCAUCAUCGCAAGCGCUGCCAAGCAGACAAUUAGCGACAGUAGCAUCACUCAGCACCAACCACAAUCAGCAAUCCUUUGAUGUUAGAUACAAUAAAAAUUAUUGCGGAUUGAUUCACAAAAGCAAGUUGCUCUUAUCAAGGGACAGUGUGAGUUACAGCGGUCGAAGUCGAUAUACAACGGCGUUGUCCAACAUGACAAAAGAUCAAGCGAACGAGUUGGUUUUCCGACUAAACGAUUCGGAACGACAAAUUUUACUCCAAGUAUUAAACCGAUUUGAAUCAAAUAAGGAACGCCAACGACUAGAAGGUGAGUUGGCUGCGUCACGAUGGCGAUCAAAGUUUGGCAGACCCAAGAUGCACGUCUUAGGUAAUGUUGAUCCAACAGGUAGUUACUGUCGUGUGCCGGAAAAUUGGCUGAAAAAACAACUUGAACCAAAAGUAGAAGAGAAGAAGUACGUGCACGUAUCUAUAUUAAAUGUAAUGGGAAAUCGCAUGGCUAACAAUAAUACUGACUUGCAUGCUUCACUUGAUUCCACUCCACCGCCAACAACAAACGAUCUAACCAAACUGAUGAUAAUAAACUCGUUGCCAUUUAUUGGAUUUGGAUUUUUGGACAAUUUUACCAUGAUUGUCGCUGGAGAAUAUAUCGAACACAGUAUAGCUGGUAUCAUAACCAUAUCAACGAUGGCAGCAGCCGGAUUAGGAAAUACAAUAAGUGACGUAAUUGGUAUCGGAUUUUCGUCCUACGUUGAACGAUUAGCAGAACGAGUUGGAAUCCGUCCUCCGAACCUUACGCCGAUCCAAAUGGAGAUGAAAUCGAGUCGGAGAGCCUCAAAUUUGGGUCGCGUUUUGGGAAUCACAGUUGGCUGCCUCUUGGGCAUGUGUCCCUUAUUGUUCACAAAUAGUAAUAAAAACGAGAAACCUACUGACGUGUCGGUGUCUGCAGCACUCGACGAGGAAACCGUAACAGAAGCAAAUACCUAAAAACGGAUGAAAAACUAAAAUUUUAUUAACAAAAACGUACUUACUAUAUUAGAUAGUGUACAACAUGCCGACGUAGAUAUUUAUAAUUUAUUAUCACUAACGAAAACAAAAAAAAAAUCGUACAGAAAAAUAAAUUAAUAAUUUUUAUCGUGGAUCGAAUUUCGUUCAAACGAAGUACUAAUUGUUUUUUCAUGA